AUGAACCAUCCACCUCGGAACCUGACUAUGAGGGAUAAAGAAAACGCGGUAACGGAACGGACGCGAUCGAUCAUCGGCUCUCGCUGGAAAGGGUUGGAAUUUAUAGAUAUUCAAAGCCACAGAAUGGUCCAAAAUCGCUUGAGAGGCUGGGUGAAGGGACCCUUUCUUCACGGACAAAUCGCGGUGUGGCAAAGAGGUUGGGAAAAUAUUCGACAUGCUGAUUUUGUAAGUGCUGACCGUAAGGUGUGCAUAUGCCAAAAUGUCGGGCCGAUGAGGAAACCGGUAUCU